GUCUGGACCCGGUUCUCCAGUUCGUAGUCUGACUGGCAUCACCAUGGCGCCGCUGUCCAUCCAGUCCGGAGUGAAGUACGCCAAAGCUCUGCUGCCGGAGACCCUGGUGAGGUCGGUGUCAACGGUCCAGACCACCAUCUCCCGGCACAUCCUGCCCUCGGCUCAGCCUCGCUGUUUUAACGUGUGCACCCAGAGCCGCAGGCGGCGGCGGGGUGUGGUGGCCUCCUCUGUGGACGAGCUGCUGGAGCAGGCAGCGAGGGUGUUUGUGUUGUCCUGCCACUUUCUGACUCUGGUCCUGGAGGAGGACGGGACUGUGGUGGACUCAGAGGACUUCUUCCAGUCUCUGCCCAACAACACGCCGCUGAUGGUGCUGGAGAAGGGAGAGAUGUGGACACAGAACAAGAUCUUACCGAGCUUUCGUCAGCCAAAGAGGAAUGGGAUCGCUAAACUGACCUUUGACCUGUACAAGCUGCACCCUAAAGACUUCCUGUGCUGCCUCAGCAUCAAGGCCACUCUGUACGAGCUCCACACGCUGUCCUACAACUUCAGAUGCACCACCAUGAAACACGUGCUCAGGUCGGUGCUGCGCUGCUUCACCUACCUGACCAGGCUGGCAGGUCAGCUGCUGCUCUACACAUCCUCCUCCUUACUGCAGUUCACCGGAGAGGACGACUGCUGUUAGUUUAACGUGAACGUCUCACACUCUGCUCUGCCAAGGAAGAGUUUAACGACCCUGCAGCAGGAAACGGGUGAAUCCGGUCCAUCAGUCUGUGCUUAGGAAACGGGCUGAAUUCCAUUCUUUUAAAAAGUUUUCCUCCUGUAAGCUCUGUUUUCUCUCAGCUCAAACAUCUUCCUAUUUGUCUGGAUACUUAACUGUAAAGUUUUUAUUUCCUCUUUUCAUUUUCCGUUUUUUCUGGAUGUUUUAACUUUGUAAAGCUGUUACACUGAUCGAAAUGUUU